AUGUUGAUCGACACGGGCGCGGAGAUCACAUUCAUCACUGCUUCUCUCGUGCAGCAACUCAAGCUUCACCGGGAAGCAUCGGUAACACCGAUCAUCGGGAUCGGCGGGACGCACUCGGGCCACACGCGCGGGGUGGUUAGCGUAAAGCUUCGGUCUAUGCACUCAUCGGACAUUGUCUCAAUAAAAGCUCACAUUUUGUCAAAGUUAAUGCCUACUCUCCCUUCAUUUACACCUCCUAACAUCUCACUUUCUCAUCUGCAAGGUCUUCCACUUGCAGACCCGGAAUUUCUCUCACCAGGGUCCAUCGAGUUAAUUCUCGGGGCAGAUAUCUAUGGGCAACUCAUUCGGGAGCAGAUCAAGCGGGGGCCUCAGGGCACACCGAUUGCACAGAAUACGGUUUUCGGGUGGAUCGUUCUCGGUCCUAUGGACUCUUCUCAUCAGUCAGCCGGGUUGGUUCAUCACGCUGCAGUGGAUCACGGGUAUCAGGAGCUUCAGGAUCUCCUCACACAGUUUUGGGUACAGGAAGAAGUCUCGGGCUCGGGCGAAUCGCACCUCACUCCUGAUGAGCAGGAAUGUGAGACUCAUUUCUUGACGACACACAAACGGGACUCAGACGGGCGGUACGUCGUCAGAUUGCUGGUUAAAUCCGCAUCGGGGACAUUGGGCGGGUCUUUUCACACAGCUUCUUCCUGUCUCCAUCGACUACGGUGCAAACUCAAUCGUGAUUCAACCUACAAGGGCCUCUACAACACGUUUCUCGAGGAAUAUGAAUCAUUGGGGCACAUGACUCGAGUUGCGGGCAACCACGCCCCUCUCGGGCCCAUUUACUACUUGCCACACCACGGGGUGCUCACCACAAAGUUACGUGUUGUAUUCAACGGGUCGUGCAAUACAGAGUCGGGGAUUUCGCUUAACGACAUUCUGCACACGGGCGCGAAACUGCAGCGGGAUAUUUCGGACGUUCUCUUGUGGGUCAGACGACACAGUUUCGUCUUCGCGACUGACAUCGUUAAGAUAUUCCGGCAAAUUCGGGUUCACGAAACACCAUUUCUCGCCGGACGGGCCCUGGAUCAACUGGUUACAGACGAGGGCGGGAAAUAUCCCGAAGCUGUUGCCCCUCUUUCAAGGGGGCAAUAUGUGGACGAUAUUUACGGCGGUGCUAACCAACUCGCAGAUCUCAUCACGCAAGCGGAGCAACUCAUGGGGAUUUGUACAGCGGGCUGCUUUCCUCUGGCCAAAUGGCAGAGCAAUCAUCCGGAGCUUCUCACUGAGGUCGGGGCGACCUCAUCAGCGGAAAACGCUCGGGUAUCUGAAGAAUGUGAGACAAAAGUCCUUGGUCUAGCAUGGUUUCCUCACAUGGACUUGUUCAAAUUCACGGUUCACAAGUACACAGCCGGGGACGGGAUCACGAAACGCAUCAUUCUCUCGGAAAUCGCACAAUUAUACGAUCCUCUGGGUUUUCUCUCACCGGAACUAUCGCAUCUCGGGACGGUUUUGGUACCGCGAUGGCUCAACAGCGCGCUAGGUACAUCGGUCGAACUACACGGGUUUUCGGACGCAUCUCAACUAGCAAUGGGCGCAGCUGUGUACGUUCGGGUUUCGGGCACGGGUAAUCAAGCAACGGUUUCACUAGUCUGCCCUAAGACUAAGGUCGCACCGAUCAAACGGCUCCCAAUUCCUCGGUUGGAGCUCGCAGCAGCGGUGCUGCUUGCUAAACUCACACACCACGUGCAAAACGUACUGGGCCUUGAUGACUCACGGGAGCUCGUGCCACGGGCCCAAUGGAGAUUCACACCGCGUCGGGACAAUCCAGCGGAUUGCGCAUCACGGGGGCUAACCAUCUCACAACUCGCGCGACAUUCAUCAUGGUGGGACGGGCCUCACUGGUUAGCAAAAGACUCAUUCCAUUGGCCAACUCAACGCAUCGGGAUGGGGGACGCAGCGGCGCUCGAAGAGCGGCCAGGUCUUACACUCUCACUCGCCACAGCACCCUCACCGGUUUACGAUCUCAUUUGGAAAUACUCAUCUCUCACACGGUUGUUGCGAAUCACCUCAUGGCUCUUCAAGGUGAUUACAAACCUGAAAAGAGCGGGCGACGGUACAUCGGGUUCAGCCAACAUCAUACCGGGAGACCUGGAGAACUCACGGCUUUAUUGGGUGAAAGCCAUUCAGGGAGCAUACUUCACUUCAGAGCUCAAAACACUCACAUCUGGCUACACUCUCCCGAAAUCGCAUCCGAUCACGCGAUUAACGGGCUUCAUAGAUCAUCAAGGCAUUCUCAGGGUGGGAGGACGGCUGAAGCACUCAGCCUUACAACCUGAUAGCAAACACUCAGUCAUUCUCCCUCGGGACUCACCACUUACGGCACUCUUCAUCGCUGAUGCCCACGAGCGCACUCUUCACGGCGGGACUCAACUCACUCUGGCUUAUCUACGGCAGAGCUGCUGGAUCAUCGGCGGGCGUGGGCCAGUACGCUCAUACAUUUUGCGUUGCGUGCGGUGCGCGCGCUUCCGGGCGCUCAAGGCCCAGCAACUAAUGGGUCAGUUGCCAAUCUCACGGGUUACGCCGGCAAGACCGUUUCUCUUCUCGGGGGUCGACUACGCGGGGCCAGUUUCACUCAAAAGCUGGCGCGGGCGCGGGAGCAAAUGUCACAAAGGCUGGUUGUGCAUUUUCAUUUGUUUCGCUACCUCCGCUAUGCACCUUGAAGUUGUUACAGAUUUAACCACGGACGGGUUCCUCGCAGCACUCAGACGGUUCACGGGCAGACGCGGGAUUCCGCACACGAUCCAAAGUGAUUGCGGAACCAACUUUCAGGGUGCAGCAGCGGAGCUACGACAAUUAUUCAAGACGGGUACACGGGAAUCCGAACUCAUUCAGCACACUGGGGCAACUGACGGGAUUAAAUGGGUGUUCAACCCACCGGGGGCACCUCAUAUGGGCGGGAAAUGGGAGGCCGCAGUAAAAUCGGUCAAGUAUCAUCUCCGGCGGACUAUUGGGGAUGCCAGUCUCACGUUUGAAGAAUUUACGACUCUUUUCACACAAAUUGAGGGCAUACUCAACUCGCGGCCGUUGGAGCCUCUGUCGGAUGACCCGGAUGAUUAUUCGGUUCUCACCCCUGGGCAUUUUCUCAUCGGGGACACACUCACCUCCAUUCCUGAGCCAUCAUUACGGGAUGUGCCUCAAGGUCGCCUCACACGGUGGCAAUGGCUCCAGGAACGGGUUCAAUACUACUGGGAGCACUGGUCAUCGGGAUACCUGCAACGGCAGCAGGCUAUAUCAAAAUGGCAUCAUCCGAGUCACGACAUCCGGGUCGGGUCUAUGGUUCUACUCAUGAACGAAAACACGUCACCCACAAAGUGGCCACGGGCACGGGUCACACAACUACAUCCGGGAAAGGACGGGCUCAUACGGGUGGUUACUCUCAAAACGGCGACGACCACACUCACCCGGCCUAUCACCAAACUGGCACUCUUGCCAGUGCCUCAACCGGGAUCAAUCGACAGCACUGCUGCCGAUGGCGGGCGGAAUGUUCAGGAUUGA